UACGAGGAACCAGGCGUAUUCAGAUAAAUCGAAAAGCUUCUAUGCUUUUAUUUCCUAGGCUUAAACUUGAAACAAUGUCGACUCACUGAUCCAGUGCGUCUAGUCAAUCUGACACGUUUGACACUGGAGUUUCACCAGACUGAUCUGAAUUUAUAUAGCUCAGUGACUAUCAGCUCGAACGGCUCUCCGGAUGUGAUUAGGAAGAAUCUGACAAAGAGAGUGAGAACCGUGUAAAAUAAAAGUUUGAAAUUAUACAUUUCUUGAUAGUAUGGAUAAGUAUGUUGUUCGCGAACCUAGAAAUUCAAAUGACAUAAAGGCAGCAAAACCUGGCUCAUUGAAAUUGAAACAGAGCACGAUAAAAGCACUUCCGAGAGUUGUUGUCCUGGAAGAUAUUUUAAAACUACGGUUUUCACUGGAGAAAUACAACAAUGAUGCAGAUGAAAUAGAAAUAUUAGAUGUAUUGAAAAAGUUGGAAGAUAUGUAUCCUUGCACACAAGUCUUGAAACAGACCAUGAUUGGAAAGACCGUAAAAAAAUUUAGAACAUCAAAACAUCUAAGUGUCAGAAAUUUGUCAAGAAAUAUUGUAAAGAAAUGGAAAAGGCUUGUUAUUGAUGAGAAUAAGAAAAAAGAAAGCAUUGAUGUGCGUUGUGAUGCAAAAACAGAGUUAGUGAGAUGUAAAGCAAGGAGGAUGAUCUGUGACAGUUUGAAUUUAACAUUGCCUCAUUGUGGUACGCAGGAUCUUGAGAAGAAAUUAUUUGAAUCUUGUGAAAGAAGGAUAAACAACAAGUACAAACGACGUGUUCGCUCUAUAAUUUUCCUUUUUAAAGACGAAACGAUACAGGAAAAAUUUAAGCGGGAAAAAAUUAAUUCCCAAGAAAUCCUUAGUCGAUGUUUGUAAAAAAAGGCAGAUAGUGAUGUUAGAUCAUAAAGAGGAGAAGCUAUAUUUAUGAUGAACAUUUCACACGACAUGCUGUGAAUGUUCCUGUUGUACAGACCUUAUUAGCUAGCCAUGAAAGCCAAACAUUUGGAUGGAAAAUAUUGGUAAUUUUCCAGCACAGUUAAAUAACUUUUGACUUAAAUAUAUUGUAGCUUAGAAUUAUAGAUUAUAUGAAGAAGAUCGAAAUGUAAAAUUUUCUUAUGUAAUUCAUACACUCUCUUAUAGCAUGUAAAUAUGUUAUUUGUAAUUUUCCUCUUCACCAAAGUACUAAUGUCUAAAGUUCAUCAAUUUUAAUGAUUUUAAAUGUAUUAUUUAAAGCA